AUGAUAUCUAAACCUCUUUUCGUUCUCACGAUAUUAGGACUACUAUCUUCCGUUCAAGCAGCAUCUACCUUCGUUGGAUGUGUACUUUCAGCCACAGUCGCUCUUACAGCUUCUAAUGGUGCCCGAGUCGCCAGCCAGGCCGCAUGCAACACCCGAUGUCUGGCAGCUAAUCAGCAAUAUUCUUAUUACACCAAUGCGGUACUCAUCGGCAAUAAUUGUUAUUGCGAUGCUUUGGGCUCUUAUGCUGCUGCCACCAACUAUCUGGUUGGGAGCAGUGCCAAUCCUUCAUCAUGUCUGGACGCCGUGCAAGCCACAGCCACCGACCUGAAAACAACUUUCUCAUUUCAAGGCUGUACCAAUACUUUGACCGGAGUAGUCAUUGACCUCACGCAAGGUACGAUUCUUGGUGGAGCACUAGUCCAAGAUCCUCAAGCAUGUUUUGAGAGAUGUAAAUCAAACCUUCAAGCAUAUUUCAUCCCAAUAGUCCCCUCCCUGACAGCUAUCGCUCCUACAUUCGGAUGUGUAUGUGAUCCCAGUGGACCCGGUGCUUCGGGAGUAUGUGGUAUUGGUCAGUUCUAUAAAUACACUCAUUCAGCAACUGCAAGUCAAAAUGCACAAUCAAGGAAACGAGAAAUGCAACGUGUUGCAGAAGCUGAAAGAAGGAAAUCUUUUUGUCCAAAGAAGAUGACUUCAUGCGUUAUACCCGGUGUUGAAGAUUCCUGGGAGUGCGUCGAUCCUGAGUCUGACCUUGAAUCUUGCGGUGGAUGCACACAUGGUGAAUAUACAGCAUUUGGCCCUGUGAACAGCACUUCUACCGGUUUAGACUGCACUAACAUGCCUGGAGUACUUAUGGGCGGUUCGACAUGUACAAAUGGGAAGUGUGUGGCAUUCGCAUGUAAGAGAAAAUGGACUCUAAGGGAUGGCGAAUGCGUAAGAUAG